AGGUGUUCGAAGAUGUUGAGACGAUUUGUGCUACAAGCUUCCGCCGCUCGCCGACGUCUUCCGAACUCCCACUUUCCUCCGCCGUAUUCAGCUCCUUUAAUUCCCAACCGUUCAGUUUCUUCAACAUCUUAUUCUUCUUCUUCCCAAACCCCACACAGUCCUUUCGUCGAACAGUUGGAUGACAACCCUAACCAAACCACCACUCAACCCACCACCUCCAUCGCCGUCGACCGCUCCGGCUUGUACAACCCACCCGAGCAUUCCCAUGAACCCACUUCGGACUCCGAGCUCGUCAAGCACCUCAAAGGAAUCAUCAAGUUCCGCGGCGGCCCAAUCUCGGUUGCUGAGUUUAUGGAGGAGGUUCUGACGAAUCCGAAAGCCGGAUUCUACAUGAAUCGAGAUGUGUUCGGAGCUGGAGGUGAUUUCAUCACCUCCCCAGAAGUGAGCCAGAUGUUUGGGGAGAUGGUUGGUGUUUGGGCAAUGUCACUGUGGGAGCAAAUGGGACAGCCGGUUAGGGUGAACCUAGUUGAGCUAGGUCCGGGAAGAGGAACUCUCAUGGCCGAUCUUCUUCGAGGUGCGUCAAAACUUAAGAACUUCACUGAAUCAUUGCACGUGCACAUGGUAGAGUGCAGUCCUACGUUGCAGAAACUUCAGCAUCAGAAACUGGAAUGUGUAGACGAAGAGGUUUCGGAUGGCAAAAGGACUGUAAGCGCGUUGGCUAAAACUCCUGUGUCAUGGCAUGCCACAUUGGAAGACGUUCCAACAGGAUUGCCAUCUAUCAUAAUCGCCCACGAGUUUUAUGAUGCUUUACCAGUUCAUCAAUUUCAGAAAGCUGCUCGUGGCUGGUCUGAGAAAAUGAUUGAUGUUGCAGAAGAUUCAACGUUUCGUUUUGUUCUGUCUUCACAGCCUACACCAGCAACUCUUUAUCUCGCAAAACGCUGCAAAUGGGCUGGAAAUGAAGAAAUAGCAAAGCUUCAACAUAUUGAGGUUUGCCCCAAAGCAAUGGAGUUGACUCAAACUAUUGCCGAAAGAGUUGCUUCUGACGGAGGUGGAGCUCUUAUAAUUGAUUAUGGCCUCAAUGGAGUAGUCUCCAAUAGUCUGCAGGCAAUUCGGAAACAUAAAUUUGUCAACAUUCUGGAUGAUCCGGGCUCUGCUGAUCUCAGUGCAUAUGUUGAUUUUGCUUCCAUUAGGCACUCUGCCGAGGAAAUUUCAGGAGAGGUUUCUGUCCAUGGCCCGAUUACUCAGUCUCAGUUCCUUGGUUCUCUUGGGAUAAAUUUUCGGGCGGAAGCAUUAACACAGAACUGUACAGAAGAACAGUUUGAGUCUUUGAGGAACGGAUACUGGCAACUCGUCGGCGAAGGAGAGGCCCCCUUCUGGGAGGGGCCUGAUGAAACGUCGCCCAUCGGAAUGGGCACCCGGUAUUUGGCAAUGGCCAUUGUGAACAAGAAACAAGGUGUUCCUGUUCCAUUUUAGUGGAACCUAAGAAAGAAAGAUGUAGCAUUUGGAUGAGGUUUAUUGCGCGUGCAUUGGUUGAGGUUCUUUCAUAUUUUUGGUUUACAAAUUAAAUUGCAUUUUGUAAUGUUCUAAAUAAAGUUUUAUAGAAAGCGACUUCCGCACACUUUUUUU